CCGUUCGCAUACGAACUCACUCGCACAACCGCAAACCGAUAUCUAUCGUUGCUUGAUAACGGUGGCGGCGGCGGCGGCGGCGUAUCGAGUACAUUACACCGUCCGACGUAUACGGACCGUAUUUCCGUAGUAGUAAUUGGUUCCGUACACCUGCAGUACGUGUGUCGCCGCUGUCCCGUGUUCAGCCCGCUAUCGCACAACAAGCAUUUAUUAUUAACAUUUUAUUAUUCUAUAACCGAUUUUCUUUGUUAUCAUCGCCGAUAUUCACGAUCAAUACCCAACGAGAGUUAUUACUACUAAUAAUUUUUACCGACAUAAAUAAAUUCUAUUUACACGUCUACCCGAUUUAGAACGUAAUUUUACGUAUCUGAUUAAAAUAUGGCCAACCAGACGAAUCCUGUGAAGAAAGUUCCUAUUCAUUUACAGAGCUCUCAAAAUCGUAUUUUGAUAAAAAAUGGAAAAAUUAUUAAUGCAGACAAAAUGUUCGAUAGUGAUGUUUAUAUUGAAGAUGGCAUCAUUAGAAUGAUUGGUUGUAAUCUUAUUAUACCAGGAGGUACAAGAAUUAUUGAUGCAACAUCAAUGUUGGUUAUGCCAGGCGGUAUAGAUCCUCACACACACUUGGAAUUAGAAUUUAUGGGAGCAGUGUCUGUGGAUGAUUUUUAUCAAGGAACUAAAGCUGCAAUAGCUGGUGGAACAACUAUGAUAAUUGAUUUUGUAUUACCAAGUAAGGGUGAGUCAUUAUUAGAUGCAUAUCAUAAAUGGCGAACACGAGCAACAAAUAAAGUAUGCUGUGAUUAUGGCUUACAUGUUGGCAUUCCUUCAUGGUCAGAUGAGGUAAGAAGAGAAAUGGAAGAUCUUUGUAAAUCACAUGGUAUUAACUCAUUCAAGAUGUUCAUGGCAUAUAAAGGAGUUUUUAUGUUGAAUGACUCUGAUCUUUAUAAUACUUUUGAAGCAUGUAAAGAGCUUGGUGCAAUUCCAAUGGUACAUGCAGAAAAUGGGGACAUAAUAUUUGAAAACACAAAACGAUUAUUAAAGUCUGGUAUUAAUGGGCCUGAUGGUCAUGGAUUAUCUCGCCCUGAAGAAGUCGAAGCAGAAGCUGUUAAUAGAGCUUGUACACUGUCUAAUCAGGUUGGAUCACCCUUAUAUAUUGUACAUAUAAUGAGUAAGCAAGCAGCUGAAGUUUUAGCAAAAUAUCGUACUAAACAAAUCAAACAAAAUGGCAGUGCUAAAAUUUUUGGUGAAACAUUAGCAGCUUCUGUUGGAACUCAUUGGGAUGAUAAGAAAUUAACAAGUUGGACCGAUGCUGCAGCUCAUGUUCUCAGUCCGCCAUUAAGGUCGGAUCCGAACACUCCAUCAUUUUUAUUGAAUAUGUUAGCUAGUGACAAUUUACAAACCACUGGCAGUGAUAAUGCAACAUUUAACUCUAAUCAAAAAUGUAUGGGUAAAGAUGAUUUUAGUAAAAUACCUAAUGGUGUAAAUGGAAUUGAAGAUCGUAUGUCAGUUAUUUGGGAAAAAGGGGUGGAAGCAGGAAUUAUAGAUCCUUGUCGAUUUGUUGCGAUAACCAGCACAAAUGCUGCAAAAAUUUUUAAUAUUUAUCCAAAAAAAGGUUGUAUCGAUGUUGGUUCUGAUGCUGACAUUGUUAUAUGGAAUCCAAAAGGCAAGCAUACUAUUUCUGCUAAGACUCAUCACCAAGCAGUUGAUUAUAAUAUUUUUGAGGGAAUGGAAUGUCAUGGUGUUCCUGAAUAUGUACUAGUUGGUGGUCGCGUUUGUCUUGAUGAAGGAAACUUGAAAGUUGUUCAAGGUUAUGGAAAGUUUAUUCCCAUGCCUACACAUUCAGAAUUUGUAUAUAAUAAUGAAAAGGUAUCUGAAGUUCAAGAAGAGUAUGAAAAUAAUGACCACGACAAUGAAAUUGAUAUAAAGACCUCGAAAUUACAAAUUUCUCCGCCAUCAAGUAUUAUAAGUGAUGUAUCUACUUGUACAAAAUCUUCUAUGAUACAUACGGGUAAAGGAAUGCGUAUGGAAGGCCAACGUGAUCUACAAAGCUCUUCAUUUUCAAUUAGUUCUGAAUUUAAUGAUCCUGUUAAGAAGUCGAGUAUCCGUGUAAAAAAUCCUCCAGGUGGACAGUCUAUGGGUUUUUGGUAAAAAUGUGUAUAUA